AUGUUGAAGUUUGUCCAUCUGCAGAUGAAACAGAAAACACCGUCAUCCUAUCUGUCACAGCAUGCAGUGAAAAAGAAGCAGCAAGAUGAUAUAAAGUGGAGAAUCGCCUUUGACGCCUCAUCACAUGCUCCAGACAUGUCAUCAUUAAACGACUCUUUAGAAGUUGGUCCCAAUCUACUACCUGAGACUGUUGGUUGUCUACUGCAUAAAUUUGCCCUAAUCUGUGAUGGUAAACAAGCUUUCCUACUGUUGGUUUUGCAUCCAAAGGGCAGAGAUGCAGCGAGAUUCCUCUGGUACAAACAAACGAAAGGCUCUUUCAAAACAGCCACAAUUACGGAUGAAGUAACUACAUACAGAUCCACUCGCUUACCAUUCGGACUGCCCUGCAGCCCUUUUCUGUUGUGUGCCAUCACACGAGAGCUAGUCGCUAAUCAUAUAAAUGACUUCCCUACUUCUGCAGCCUUCUGA